CAGAGCGCACAGGAAAGAGGGAGACUAUGAGAAAACGCAGCCGCUUCAUUCAACCACAUGGUUCCUCAACCGCACAGACAAGCUGCGCUGCAGACAGCCAGGUUCACAUAAGGGACUCGCACUGCUGUUGCCCACAGCGGCGCCUUUUGAAACUUACUGGGCGAGUUUUCAGCCGCACAGGCAGUUGAAAGUUGCCGGAUUUUAAGUUUUGUAUUGUGAAGCGCACUGGUCAAAGUUAAGACACCAGGCGUCUCAAAAACGGACUGAACUGAAAAGAGACAGAGACAGGACUUGAAAGAACUUUUUUUAAAGCCUGCACUGUCAGUGAUCUGCCUCUAAAGCGCAAAAGAACAAGUGAGGAAUAUUUUUGCAAACAUUUUUGCGCACUUGAACUUUGUCAAAGCACUGCACUGAACUGAGUGUUUGCAGUCACUUCUUCUUGGAGGACAGGAUGGUGCAGCACAUGAGCCAGACAGAGAGCGCCCACGCUCACUCUCCCGGCGGAGACUCCACAGACACGGGAGAAAUGGACUUGGAGAUGGAUGCGUCUCCGACCCCCGAGUCCCCUUCCUCCGGGGAGCGGAGCGACUUGGCGUGGUGCAAAACUCCGACGGGGCACAUCAAGAGACCCAUGAACGCCUUCAUGGUCUGGUCUCAGAUCGAGAGGAGGAAGAUUAUGGAGCAGUCCCCGGACAUGCACAACGCGGAGAUCUCCAAGCGGCUGGGGAAGCGCUGGAAACUGCUCAAAGACACAGACAAGAUCCCGUUUAUCCGUGAGGCAGAGCGGCUCAGACUCAAACACAUGGCCGACUACCCAGACUAUAAGUACCGACCCAGAAAGAAGGUCAAGUCUGGAACCGCCGCCAGUAAGCAGCCGGCGGAGCGCGGAGAGAAGAGUGGAGAGCGCACCUCCAAAGCCGGCGUGAAAAGAAGCCCUGCGUCCAAGGGAGUGGGCAGGACGCACAAGCAGAGUGGCAUCAAGGCGAGCGCUCCGGGCCAGCAGGACUACGCGUCUCCCGGUGACCACCAGGCGCUCUUCAAAUCCAGGUCAGUGUCCGGGGCCAGGCAGAUUCCAGACAAGCGCAGCGGAGAGACCCGGCGCAGCCACAUGUUCGGAGGAGCGGGCAGCCUAGAGAGCGGGCCUCCUUCCGUGGGAGUCCCGGCCAGUCCCACUCUGAGCAGCUCGGCCGAGUCCAGUGACCCCCUGAGUCUGUACGAGGAGCAGAGCCCUGCGGCCAGCCAGUCCCCGUCACACACCGCGCGCCUCAGGUACGCUCGCGCCUCCUCCCCGACCCCCUCAGCCUCCCACUCCUCGUCAUCCGUGUCAUCCUCAUCAUCAGAUGAAGAGUUCGAAGACGAGCGGCUCGACCUGAACCCCAGCCCCGGCUUUGAGAGCAUGUCUCUGGGCGGGAUGGGCUUCUCCGACGCGGAGCUGGACCGGGACUUGGACUGGAGCUUCGGGGAGUGCGGGGCGGGGUCUCACUUCGACUUCCCCGACUACUGCACCCCGGAGGUCAGCGAGAUGAUCUCAGGAGACUGGCUGGAGUCCACCAUCUCCAACCUGGUGUUCACCUACUGAACGGUGCAGAGGAACCGCGACCGACCCCCGAUGUUUAAAACUGUUCAAUCCCCCCAAGACAUGUGUGCGACCAGACCAGAAUAUUUCCUCCAUCCUUUCACUAAAUAAGGGAGAGUGAAAACAGGAAAGAGAAGGUGGUCUGUGUACGCGUUGAAGCCCAGGUACGCGCCGGCUCAGACUUGGACAGCCACAGUGCGCUUGGCGCUCAGACGGGAACGCGCAGACGGGGGAAAUGCUUAGUUUGCAUUUGGACACAGAGGAGGAGUGAAUGUAAGCGGAGAGCAGUGAAACACACGGACUUCAGCAAAAACCCUCAAUCCAAUCCGCAGCGGUUGAGACUGAACUUUGAAUAUUAAUGUUCUUUUGGGUCGGGAAGAGUGACACUCACGAGCAAGUAGUCGUGUUGGGUUUUCUUUAAUGAUAUAGCCAAUUCACAUUGACCAUCAAGUUGCUAUUCAGGUGUAGUUUUUUUCCAAACUCAAAAUAGUUUCAAUAUCAACACGCAUGCCCCUCCGAGAUGCGGAGGAUUUUGUUGUUGUUAAAUGCGUAAAAAUGUUCAUUGCUGCGUAAUUUACGCAAUUUGUGUGACCAUAGGACACAAUUAUUCACUAUCACCAGCUUCUCUUUCAACGGCAGGACUUUAAAAAACAAAGACUGACUCCAAACUUCAGAAACCCUUUUCUGAACCUUUUUAAACACUCAGUGCACAAUUCAGGACCAAUGUUUUCCCGACGCGCAUCCUUUCUGCCUAGUGCUUCAACUUUGUAGUUCCUCUGUGUCAGAUGGCGUUUUUUUAUAUUGAUGUAUUUAUACCGGCCAAACUUUUUUAUACAUAGAAGUAUUGUUCUCGUACAGGUCUCGUUUGUGUUUGUGCACAUACACCUGUCUGUAUCCAGCGCGGAAGGGCUAGAAGUGUAUCUUAUUUAAAAUGUCUGACUUCUCUCACUUUUAAGGAGAUUUGAGUGUGUCAUGAUUUUCUACUUGUAUUUUUGUACAAAAUCUAUAGAAGGGGGUUUCCAGCGAGUGGGUAGCCUAUACAACAUUGUUGUUUGGAUCUACAUUUGGUGUUUAGACGUGCAGAGGGGGGUUUGUUUGGCACAAUCUGACCUCACACAGUGUUUACAGUAUUUACCCACAUGCUUCUUAAUGGCACAGUGACUCCAGUUUCACCAGCCAAGUAAACAGAGUGCCACUGAGGCUCCCAGUCCUGAGUGGUGACUGUGUUGUACACAUAGACCUAAAGUAUAAAGAGUGAACGAUCCCAGAGAGUCACUGUUUGGAUAGAGCUAAUACCUCUGUGUGCUUUUUAUCAAGAUAAGUUUUAUUUAAACCACUGGAUGGAAUUUCACACUCAUUCCACUUUGCCUAGACUUGGAGGGAGGGAGAUGUAUGAAGUGCUUCAUCUGUUAUUGCGCAAAUUGCAUCAAAAAAUAGUAUUUAACCUUUCUGUACCUGUUGGUUAAGUAUAGCAGGCUAAUUGUUUUCCUAUAUUAUGGCAUGGCAAAUAGCAUUUGUAUUUCAGAUUCAGGUAUAUGUAGCUAUAGCUGUUGUGUUUAAGAUUUUUAAAAGAAUAAUAACAUGAAGAUAUUUAUGUAAACUGACUGUACUAUAAGCAAAGAUUGUGUGUUUUAUGUAUGAUGAUGAUCAACGACAGGCACUAGGACAGCCAUCUUUGGACAUCCUUAUGUUGAAGAUGAUUGUGGUCCAGGAGUUUUUUUUUUUUUCUUUCUUUUGUUUUGUUUUUACCUUUGAGACAUCUUUUCUAUCGUCCUAUUUUAUUUUCUCAUUCGUGCAAUAUGCUGUGUAUGAUCAUGUUUUUGUCCAAUCAUGCCAAUAUCAUUUUUGACGUUUAAUGCUCAAAAACCAGCCAAUGUUUGGGUCAAUCACUGCCUCUCAGACCUCUGUACAGAUUGUUGUUUUUUUAUUUGUUUUUCUUUUUCUUCCAAGAAGGAAAUAAAAUCAGCUGGAACUGAAAAGUACAACGUC